AUGUACUUUAAUCGAUUUAUUUUGCUUCUAACAACUUUAAUAACAGGUAAGAAGCUUGUUUUUCUUGAAAAUUUUGAGAAAAUUAAGAAAGACAAAUUUCAGCUUCAUUAGUAUUUGAUAAAAAAUACACGGAAAGAACAGAUGUCAAUGGACAAACCACAAUUAUUAGUUCGCUUGAAAAUACGAAAAUUGAGAAAAAAGUCGAGGAAUCGGAAAAAUUAUACGAUGAAAAUAAAUUUAUAGCUUCAAAAUUAGCAACCACUGCAAGAUUAGGUAAGUUAUUUACUUAGGAAUUUUCGAUAAAAAACUUCAAAUAUUUUCAGCAAAUCAUAUUUUCGAGCUGGUUUCAAUUUAUGGAAUUGCUCGAAAACUUCGAAGAGCUCCUCAAAUUUAUGUGCUCGAUAAAAAAUAUGAAAAACUUAUCGAAGGAAUGCAAAAGGUUAUGCCAGGACUAAUAAACGAAUUCGAAAUUAAACACGAAAAAAUUGUUCCGAAAACCGCCAAAAAUAUCGAAUUCAAUGUGAAAUGCUGUGUUUUUGAAGAUUUGGGAAUUUUGAGAAAAAAUGAAAAUGCAAGUUUGAUUUAUUCAACUGGACAUUUUUAUCAAAGUUAUAAAUAUUUUGAUGAAUUUCGAGAAGAAGUUUUGGAAAUGGUGGCUGAGAAAAAAGAUUUUGGAAAGUUGCCAGUUGAUGGGACAAAGUGGGUUUGGGAAAUUUUUGGGGAAAAAAUUUCAAAUUGUGUUAUUUUAUUUUUAAUCACAGAACAAUUUUUGUUUGAAAAUUGGGGUAAAAUUUUGCGAAGAUCAUGAAAAACGCGAUUAGAGCUAUUUUUUCAAAGUUUCCAGAAAGAAACAAAUGUGUGAAAAGGCAUUUUUGACAAAUUUCAAGAAUGCUCUUUGGAACAAAAAAAUGAGCCAGAAACUCGAGUAUUUUUUGUAGAUCAAAAAUUGGAAUUUCAGCAUUUUUGGAAACUUAUUUUCAGAAGUUCUCAAAAUACAAUUCGGAUUUCAGUUUAAAAAAUCACCUCACUCAUUUCAUCCUCCAUUUUUCCAGAAUCUGUAUUCACAUUCGCCGUGGCGAUUUUCUCGAUGGCCAACACCAUUCAACUCAAACCAACUUCACUCUUGCAGCUUAUAACUUUAUUUUAGAAACUGAAAAACCAACGGAUCCAAAAAUCAUAAUAAUGGGAGAUGACUUGAAAUAUGAGCAAUCCCUGUUUCCGAAAAACUCUUCAAAUGUUUUCAUUUCAAAUUUAUCACCUUCAGAUGAUCUCAUUUAUGCAAAAUAUCACUGUGACAUAACUCUAAUUACUGGUGAGAUAAUUUUCUAGAAUUUUUUAAAAAUAGCAUAAAAUGAGCAAGGUUUUCAGCACCAAGUUCAACAUUUGGCUGGUGGAUUUCAUAUUUUUCAAAAUCGCAAAAAGUCUAUUAUCAAGAUAUUCGGGUGACAAAUGAUGUGAAUUUCAAAAAAGGCGAAUUAGAGCCGCUCGAUUUUUAUCCGCCAAAUUGGAAUUCGCUAAUUUUAACGAGGUCUGGGGGAAUUCAGAAAACCUAA